UAAUCCUGCCUACGGGCAGGAACUAAAAAUAGCCUAUCCGCUAAUGAUAUCAAGAUCUUUCUAAACCCCUUACAUCUAGAAUGAAAAUUCAUCAUUAACAAGAGAAGAAAAUUGAACUCGCCUGCACUUUGAAGGCAAUGAACUCAAUAACCCCAUAACAAAAUACAACAGAAAUCGAUGAGACUCUUUUCCACAGCCAAAGUCCUCUUGAGUAGCAGCCGAAGCAUUUAUUUUUGCCUACUGUCAUCUGCAUCAAAGCCGAACACCAGGUGGUUUUGCAGUGCCGGGAACAGCGAGAAAGCGGUCUACAGCUUUGGAGAUGGGAGCCAUGGGGCACUGGGUUUGCCCUUUCCAGGAGACGCACACGUGCCCACCCACGUGGAGGGCCUCCCGGGCCACGUCAGCAGCGUGACAGCUGGACACUACCAUUCACUGGCUGUUACCUGCGAUGGAGAGGUGUGGGCGUGGGGUAGGAAUGAAGAGGGCCAGCUUGGACGUGCACUUGAUUGCCCAAGACAGAGUUGGAAUCAACCGAAGAAGGUGGAGGGCCUGGAUAAAGUGGAGGUGAUAAGUGCAGCCGCAUCAGGUGUUGUGUCAAUGGCAAUCAGCAAUAAUGGUUCAUUAUGGGUUUGGGGCAAAUCCAAGAGAGGCCAACUUGGCCUUGGUAAAGGAAUAACAGAGGCAUUGGUUCCACAGAGAGUUGAAGCACUUGCUGGUCAACAUGUAGUGCAGGUGGCUCUUGGAUGGGGCCAUGCUUUGGCAUGCACUGUAGAAGGAAAAUUAUAUAGCUGGGGAUAUGCUGCAGAUGGAAGGUUGGGCUUAAUUACAUCAUGUUUGGAAGAGCCCAAGUCUCAGAACAAAUUAAAUUUAUCACCAGAUACAAAGAAUCCUGAAAGCAAGGCUUCUAGGUUUGAGAUUGCAGAAAAACUCGUUCUUGAAGAACUAGAGAAGGAGAAAAAUCUACCUAUCUGCUGGAAGCCAUGCCUUGUAAAUGAUUUAAAUCUUUUACAUGUAGUAGAUAUUGCUUGUGGACUUGACCAUUCCCUUGUACUUUGUGAUAAUGGGUUGCUCUUUAGCUAUGGAGAAAAUACAUAUGGUCAACUUGGAAGAUUGUCAAAUGGAUCUCACCUGCAAUCAGUGGAUUUGAAUCAAAAGGUAGUAUCAAUUGCUGCAGGCGUUGGGCACUCUCUAGCAAUUGCAGUGGAUCAACCAUCAAAUACUUCGGGAGGAGACAACAGACUAAAUGCAUGCAUUUCUGAGGGAUUGAAUAGAAGCAUAUUCUCUUGGGGAUGGAAUUCAACUUCUCAACUUGGGAGAUCAGAAGGGGAAGUUUUAUCUAGACCUGGUAGAGUUAAAGGCUUGGAAGGAGAGGAGCCGGUGUCUGUGUCUGCUGGGCGUGCACAUUCUAUUGCUAUUACUUCUAAAAGGGAACUUUGGGUGUGGGGUUGUGGAAGAAAUGGAAGGCUUGGCUUGGGAAGCAAUUUUGAUGAACCCGAACCAUAUCCAGUUGAGGCCCUUGAAGGUUUGAAAGUCCUUCAAGCUGUGUGUGGUUUUGAUCAUAAUCUUCUCUUAGUUGAUUGAUAAUAAUACAACUCCAGAGUAUCAAAAAUUAAACUAUCUUUCUUACAGAUGUUUCUUACAUUUUCUUUUUAUUCAUUUAAAUUCAACAUUUUACCAGACCUAUGAAACCUUUUGUGUUUUCUUAUCAACAAAAUAAGAUAAGAUUAUCUUAUUUGUUCUAUUACUCAAGCUAGUAUGAUUCUGCGUAUGGUUUAGAUGUCAAGGGAGCUGCUUUAUCCCAACAAUUGAAAUCUUAUCAGAUUUAAUAAGUUUUGGAGUGAGCAGCUCAAUUAAAUUGAGCAACAAGCAAAA